UAUGUUGUUGCUAUGUUCUGUUAUGAACAAAAGGAUUGUUUGUCUUUUUCACAUAAUUAUAUGACACUACUUCUUGAGCUAAUGACCUGUUAGCAAUUUUUUUAUACUAAAUGAUACGUGCAUGAACCAGAUGAACGAUGGCUAAACAAGGUAGACCAAUGAUCCGAGCAAGGACCAAAAGAAUAAGAGAAGAGGUUGUGGCCUUUGUUAGAAAUAAUAAAAUAAUUUGUUCGUUGUGCAUUUGCAGUAACUUUAUCGGCUUCAUACAUGAGUGUAUUAGAUCACUCAUUGUCUAAAACAUACUUAUGUGGACACACCAUCUGCUUUGGAGCUUUCUUCGACCUCUUCUAAUUUAUUCUCCCCACAUGACUCUAUCCAUGGGUCUACUUUGUUUGCUAUGCUUCGUAGCCGCCAUUAUUGGAUAGACGCCAUUAUUGGACCGUUUCUAUGCGAAUUAGUGCAAAAUUUGGACUCUAAAUGGUGGUCAGAAGAUUAAAGGAAAAUAAUGAAUUCCUCUUUAUUUUUAACAGAAUUAUACACUGUUUAUAAAAAUAUUUUAUGCAUUUUUAUUCUCUUGCUUUUUAUUUCUAUUGGUUUCCAAAUAGAGACUGUAUAGAGCAUUAGGAGUCCAGUUGAAGUUUUUGAAUCAAACACAAUCGGCUGAUACUGAUUAAAGAUGUUCAUCGCCUUUUUAAGAUGUGAAAGUCAGGAUAUUUUGCACAAUUUGAUGCUUGAAUCACAAACGUUCUCUAUAUCUCCAUGUCCAAAAACGCGGGUGCCUAGCCUCCUAGGCGGUCAACUAGGCAUUUGGCACAGGGGCACAAUAUCGAAUAAACCCAAAUGGGAUUACUUACUUGGAUCCCAAUAAUCGGCCGGUUAAAAUGAUUAAUCGGUAUUGUACAGAUUUUUCUCCCAUUAAUAACGUAACAUUUGAACUUUUGGGCAAGUUUUGGGCUCUUUAUAAAUCCUAACUUGAAAAAUUAUACAAAAGACUUGGUAAUAACUCGCGCCUUGUGCUAAAUGAAAUUAUUAAUUUUAUUACUUUUUAAGAUAGUAAGACAUUAGGUCUGUGUAAUCUUUAUAUCGAUUUGGUUUAAGGUUGGUUUAUGGUUUUUAUCUACUAAAAUAAAACUACAAUUCUGAAUCAAUAUUUAUUUUGUUUAUUCGGUUAAAAUGUUUGAGGUUGGUUUUUUCGAUAAAAACCAAAAUGUAUUAUUAUUUGUUUGGGUUCAUGUUAAUAUGAAUUUUAGACAACCGUGAUGUUGAACUAAUGGUUUCAUAUUAUAAUUUCUAAAUGCAUGAAAGAUUAAAUCAAAUCUAGAUAUUAAUUGAAAAAAAAAGAAAAUUAUUAAGACAAAUCAUUUCAUUAGAAUUUGGUCGAUGGAGAAAGGAAACAUUAAAAAAAUAAUAUUUCAGCUUCCAAGAAAAUGAAAAUCCUCACUUGUAGUGAAUAUUUAGUUAUAUAUGUGCUCACAUCAAUGUGCACAUGUAUGUAGGACGACACAACAUAUCCGUAAAUUUUGAUUCGAAUAGUUAUAUGUUUCGAUUCGAACAUAAAAUCCAUAGAAAAUGAAACAAGUCACAAAUAAUAUUUUUAGAAACAGAUAUCUGAGUCUAUUUGUUAUAUGAUAUAUAUACAUAUAUUUAAUGAAUUAUGUAUAAUUUAUAUAAAUAAUCUAUUUUAUAUAAUUUUUACAAUAUUUUUAUUUUCUAAAUUUAUUAAAUUAGUUAUUAGUAUUCAAAAAAGUAAAUAAAAUUUUUUGUAACAAAAUUUAUUAUUUCAUAUUCUUCUAGAUUUUAUUUAUUUUUCAUUAAUUUAUUUAUUUUUACGGAUCUAAUCGGAUAUCCGGUUAAAAAUCUAAAAUUUUCCAAAUAUCCGGAACACUGUAUAUCCAGAUGGCUACUAAUCAAAUCAAAUCGGAUGACUAAUUAUUCGGACGAAACGGAUCAAAUCACGAAUACUUCCAAAACUUCGGAUAUCUGAUUUGUGCCCACUUUUACAUGUAUGUUUAUGUAAAAUAUAUAUAAAGGUGAAUGAUAAAUAUAUAGAGAUACAUCUAUUAACAUUAAAAUACGUUUUUGUUCAAAAUAAUACAUGAAAGAUAAAAUUCUUUAAAUAAAAAUUACUUAAAAAUAAAAUAAACCUAGACAUUAGUGAAUUUUUUGAAAAUUGUUUUUAAUGUAUAAUUUUUGUAUAAUUCGUAGAACCAUGCAUCUUAGCUUUAUAUUUUAAAAAAUAAUAUAUGUCUAAGCACAUCUAUCCUAUACUAAAAGGAAGAUAUACUCAACUCUCAACCUGUCCACCUAGGAUAAAAAAAUUAGCCAAUCAUAGAAGUUUAAUUCGCCAUGUCAUAACUGCUUUAACGUGAUAUAACUUGUGCGAGAGUACUCAUUAUGGGCUUCUAAUAAUUUUUCCUGGCCAAUUUAAAUCAGCCCAAAUACUGACGAUAUCAUAUUACCUUUUCUGCUCUUCCACUUCACCAUCGUCGUUGCCGUUUCUGCAAAUCACCAUUUCUUAUGGAGUUAUUGCGAUUUACUCUCAAUAAUUCAAUCCAGAUCUUUACUCUUAUCUUGAUGAGCGAUGCUAUCCUUCCACCUCCCUUUUAUGUCUCCUCCUCUUAUAUGAAUCCUUUUGUAGACAAGCCUGCUAUGUUGUUUACUCCUCUUGCAAUUUUAGUUUUUUUUGUGCCCGUCGAAGCCGUGGCCUCAAAUCCGGACGGAUCAAAAUUAAUUAUCGUCAUGAAUCAGUGUUGUCUUCCACUACCUCCAUACAUAAGCUGAUGACUCCUUCCAGAGUUAAGACUUAUCCUCCCAGCAGGUUUCCGCCGGCUGACCUACGUGGCUGAGAAGCGUCUCCGGCGAAGCUAUACUCGGUCGAGUUCAAUUUCGAUCCGAUACUUUUGAAAAGGUUAAAAUUAAGUUUCUCUUAUACUUUCAUCUCUUUAGAGUUUUGAUUGGGUACUGUCUGCAAUCUAGAGAUUGAUUUCAGAUUUUUCCCUUUUAAUAGCAACAACGAAAGGUAAAGGGAGCGAAAAGCAUGAACAUACCACAUGUUUUUGGUUUAAGCCAGCGCACAUGGUUUUCAUGGACAGAGAUUAUACGAAGAAGAAAGUUCGAAGCUUAGUAGCUGAGUCUUCGAAGUUUCUGUACGCCAUUCCGGUGACUAAGACAAGAGCAUUCUGUGAGGUUCUCUCUAUUGUCUCUUCUCCCCUGCUAUUAAUAAUUGUAUCACAAACAGUUUGGCUCUGUUUAGCUGGAAUCACUUCAUGUGAUUCACUUGCAGGAGACAUGCCUGGCCUCAAAAGAUGUCAUGUCCUUUGAUUUGCUAAAAAAGAAGCUCAUGUUAAGAUUAGAUACACUUGGUAUAAAGACUAUCAAAGAGGUAAAUCUAUACAAUGAAAUAUUUUUUUUUUGAGAUUGACUUUGUUGAACAAUAAUGAUAAAGUUAUGUUGGUCAAAGGUCAUUGUUAAUUCUCGAAUAAACUACAUGGAUGGUCAUAUAUCCCAGUCGGUGGUUCCUUGCCACACACUAAACAAAAUAAUCUUGCCCUUUGGUGUUGCAGCUAGAAUGGUACAUCCCUCAACAGGUAGUGAGAGCAAGCCUUAAUUUGAGUUCUGGUUAUUAACAUAUUUUAGUAGUAUUGCACCAUGUCUUACUCACUAUCUCUCAGUUAUAGCAGGUUAUUCAGUUGUGGCCUCUUUGUUUGAAGAUCCAGAUUACGCAUCAGACAUAUAGGAUAUACUAAAACAUGAUAUUACUUCCUUCACCAAACACAUCAACAUCAAUAUUUCAACACAAGGUGAUCUCUCCUUGACCAACUGAGUUUAUAGCUUUCGGAAAAUUAUAAAACAUUUUAUGAACUUCCCUUUUUUGGGUACCUUGGAUAAUUUACGGCAACAAGAAAGGAAACGAGAAAGAGCAUUAUUUCUCUUCGACGUUGCACACAUGCUUCAUCUUAGGCUUUAGAAGCUUCUUCCACAUUUUCUUCUGCCUUCCAUAAUGGUAAGGCAUCCCAUAUCUUAAGACAUUGAUUUGAUUCAGAUAACAAAAAAUGUAUGGAAAAUCAAGAUCAUUUCACUUGCUCAGGGGGUUUAUAGAAUCAACAUUAUCAUGCCGUUGUAGUAAUCGUUUAGUAAAUGUAGUGUAUUUUGUCUAAAGUUUCGAUGUGAUUGAGACAAUUUAUUAUAAUGCACCUUAAUGAAAUAUGUUGAAUUGAAGCUCCAAGAAGCAGCAACAGUUGGAAGUCAAAAUGAUUCCGAGACUAAGAUUGGCCUUGAUAUAAGUAGAAAGAAACAACGUUGAGGUUGGUCUUCCUCAACGGUCAAAGUGUGUCGUUCUAAAACCAAUAAUAAUUAUUGCUAAAUCUCAGUUUUGGGCUGCACCAGUAUCCGCUACAAAAUGCAUCGGGAUGUCUUUGAUAAAAAUGCUAAGGUUAUUUAAAUCAUAUGAUCUUACAUGCAACCGCUCUUCUCAGCAUCGAGCCUUUUUAUAUAUUAUGCUAAACUUCAUUGGUUGUCAGAAAAAAAAGACGUGACUUCAUUGAAAAACAUGGACAUUAGAUUUAGUUAGUUUGGUUACCUACUAGAAACGAACAUUAGUUAAAAAGGUAUUCGUUGGAGGAAGAAGAUGAACCUUUCGAGGUAGAGGAGAAUGAUGGAAACAGAGACAGAGAUAAAUUCUUUAUAAAAGAGAAGUACAAUACUGUGCGCAAAUUAAAAAAUCUCGCUAAACCAACCAAAAAUCUUUACAAUCUAAUAAAAAAACCAAAACCAUAAUUUGAAUAAAUAUACAUACAUAAUUUAUGAAUAAAGAAUAAUGUUGCCCCCAAAAAAUAUAUACAUAAUUUAUGAAUUAAAAAAUAGGUGUAGCCUAAGAGAUCACAUAGUUUUUAUAAAAUUACAAACUACAGAACUUGAAAGCUUCUUACUCAUUUCUCUUUGAAUUGAAUAAUAACACCAUUAACUCUCAUAAUUAGAUGUAUUUUAUUUCUAAUUUAUGAACACUAUAAUCAUUUUACAUUCUGCUAUUAUUAUCUUUAAUAUAACCCAAAACAUUUAUAGAUUUCAUGAAACAAAAACUAUCACUAACAAAUAAGUUACCUUCACUAAAACAUUUCACCCAUUUUCACUAAGUUUCUGACCAGUAACUUUUUUUUUUGAAACACUCUAACCGGUAACUAUCACCGAAACAUUAGGAACAAACAAGGAAAAAACAGAAAAUAAUAAAAUUUCAAUAAUAAUUAUUCUUUAUCAAAAUUUAUUGGCCAAGUCGUAGCUGUCCAUCCUUCAGCAGGCGAUCGAUACUACCUGAGGGUCCUCAUUAAUAAGAUUAAGGGUCCUAGAAGUUACGACGAGCUAAAAACAUACAACGACGUGAAAUACCCGGACUUCAAAUCAGUUUGCCACGCACGAGGCCUUUUGGACAAUGAUGUUGAAUGGCUCGAGAGUAUGUCGGAGGGUGCUGGAACGGCCAGCCCAUACCAGCUUCGUGAUUUGUUCGUCACAUUCCUAAACAACUGCUUCGUCGCAAGCCCUAAAGGAAUAUGGGAACACUCAUGGAAAUCAAUGAGCGAGGACAUACUUCACAAGAGGCAAAGGAUCUUAGGCCACGCGAAUCUGGAACUGGACGAUAAUACCCUGGAGCAAUACACAUUGAUAGAAGUUGAAAAGUUGAUGCACAUGCAAGAUCGCUCCUUAAACGAUAUUAAAGAUAUGCCGAAGAUCAACCCUGUUUUGCUCCAGGAAUUGGGGAACAGUUUGUGGAACCAAGAAAUAGAUUACGAUGUUGCGGAGGAAACACUAAGACAUGACAAGCAGUACAAAUUGUGAUAGUUCUACCAGUUGCUUCUUCGGGAAUAGCCGCAUUGCUACUACCAAACGGGAGAACAGCUCAUUCUCGCUUCAAUAUUCCAUUGAAGCUCGACGAAGAUAAGCUUUGCAACAUCAAACCAGGUACAAUGCUUUCUGAACUAAUUGAGGAAACGGACCUCAUAAUUUGGGAUGAGGCACCUAUGACACACAAACAUGCUUUCGAAGCAUUAGACAAGUCGUUGAAGGACAUAAUGUCUAUCAAAAAUCCACCCGCAAAGAAUCAGCCUUUUGGCGGCAAAACAGUUAUGUUAGGUGGUGAUUUCAGACAGAUCCUACCAGUCAUUCCGCAAGGUGGAAGAGCUGAUACUGUAUUAGCUUCGAUAAGCCAUUCAUAUAUAUGGAAUAGCUGCCAGAAGUUCUCUUUGAAAACAAAUAUGCGAGUAAAUCAGGAUGAGAAAGAGUUUUCUGAAUGGCUUCUCAGAGUCGGGGAAGGUCGUCUAGAAGCAGAACAAGAAUAUGAGGAGGAUGGGUACCAUGACCAAUUCAUAGAUAUCGAUGAAUCAUUGAUUUGUCAGAGUUUUGUUGACCCAUUGAAAGAAGUUGUUGAUGCCGCAUAUGGACAAAUCAGCAGCCCGAUGAAUUCCAAGACUUCCUACACCGAUAAAGCUAUCCUCACACCCCGUAACAAAACCGUUGAUGAAAUCAAUGCUUACACCAUCUCACGGACCGACGGGGUAUCAAGAGAUUACUACAGCUCAGACAGCUUUGAGUUAUCAGAUACUACAUCAGAUCAAAAUGAUAGACUAUACUCCAUUGAGUAUCUUAACUCAUUGGAAUUCUCGGGUUUGCCUUCGCACAAACUUACUCUGAAAGUUGGUGCCCCAGUUAUGCUUCUCAGAAACAUAAAUCAGAAAAAUGGAUUAUGCAAUGGUACGCGGAUGAUCCUAACCCACGUUGGUGAACGCGUUCUGAAGGCCGAGAUCAUCACUGGAUCCCACAUUGGAGAAGAGGUCUUGAUCCUAAGAAUUGUGUUUUUGUAUGAUGAAACAAAAUUACCGUUCACAUUACGUCGGCGGCAAUUUUCUAUCAGAUUGUGCUACGCAAUGACAAUCAACAAAAGCCAAGGCCAGAGUUUAAAAGAGGUCAUCUUAUAUCUGCCUCAACCAGUCUUCUCUCAUGGUCAACUUUACGUGGUCCUCUCCCGUGUCACAAGCAAAGCAGGAUUAACGAUCAUCAAAACUGAAGAUCCCCACCAGCUGAAAGUGAAGAAUAUAGUCUACAAAGAAAUAUUCAAAGGCCUUCAUCCCGAGACAAGUAAUUUUAAAUAAAUUAUUUUUUUCCUCUCAUCUUUUUCAGAAAUCUGAUAAAAUAUUAUAUUCACAGAUUAACAAUCUCGAAAAUAUAUCGACCAAGCGAUGAUACAAGCCAAUAAAGAAGAGACUUACACAUAGGUUUACUCCACCUAAGCCAGGUACAAAACUUUUAAUAUAAAUAGCAAUACUACUAUAUUCAACUAAACUUAUGCUGACUAACUAUUCUUAUCCAAUUUCAGGUCUUUUCUUUCUCAUGACCCUCAAAAAAACUUCUGAUCUGCGAAAGACUUAAUCUGCUUCCUCCCUUAUCUACUUUACUUACAGUUUUUUUGGCUUUUAAACAUUUGCGUAAACUCGAUAUACACAAAUUUUCAGACAUAUUAUAACACACAAUCCUUCCAUCUCAAACAAAAAUAUUGAUUACCAACACACUUUUUUGCGUUCAAACAAUCAACACCUAAAUCUAAUAUGAUAUUCUGGUUCAACAUUUUCAUAGAAAAUAACCCGGGCGUAGCUCGGGAACUGACCUAGUAUAUGUAGAAUUUGGAUGAGAAAUUUUCUUCAAGUGACACGUUAACGUAUUUGUUUUUAAAUCAUAAGGCUACCACGUGGCAGUCAACACUUAUUUUCUUUUGUUAGCCGACGUGGGAUUAGCUUUUUAGUUUUUUUUUUUUUGUGCUUUUUCUUUGAUGUUGAUUUUCUAUUGUUUUUUAUGAUAUAUCUUACAUUGACAACAUUUUUGGUUCAUGUGUUACCAAUAAAAUAAAUAUUUCUAACAAAUCUGAGAUGUGUGAUUUUGAUGAAAAUGAACCAACAUAUUUAAAAAUAUAUAUAUUGGAAACUAGUUUAGUUAGUGUAUUUAAAUAUUCGUAACUAGAUAAUAUACAUUAAAUUAGCAAUGAUUUUCUUGUUAAAAUUAAAUAUCUAUAUAUUUUUUAAUAAUAAUAUUCACAAAUUAUCAUACUAUAAUAUACUUUUAUAUUAUAUAUUUAGUUUCUUAAAAUAAAAUAAGUAAAAAUAAAAACUAAUCCUCGAAUACUCUCCAAUUUAUCUCUAAUUAGUUGUCAAAUCACUAGAUCCAUACGGACAGAACAUGACAGUUUUACUUUUAUCUAAUCAAUUUUGAAUACCAUACCACCAAAGCAACCUUUAUUUAAUGGGUAUGUAUAGUUUGUGUAUUGUGUUAAUGGUACACAUACGUACAAAUCAAACCACAGAAGGAAACUUUAUAAACUGAUUGUCUUAGUUUACGGGAACAUGAAGUUCAGGUCGUUCAGACAAUAUCCGAGGCGGCGCAGUUUCUUCAUCAGAAGAGAAACCAGAGAAUAUCGUAUCCUAAUUGAAAACAAAGGUUUAAAUAUCUCU